AUGAGGAUCAUGGCCUGGAAUGUCAGGGGCUUAAAUACCCCUAACAAGUGGUACUUGAUCAAGCGUCAAAUUGAUGAGGCUAAAGGAGACAUUUGGGUGCUACAAGAAACAAAGUGGAACAUAUCAGAGAUUGAUAUGCGGAUGCAAGUGUGGAGACAAUGGACUGGUUUGUGGAAGCUGAUGGUGCCUCGAGAGCUGGGAUUGAUGACUGGUUUAAAAUAUGGCCACAAAACCCUUGAAGGUUGUAUUUGGGGAUAUAUGGGUUGGGACUGUAGACUAAAACUCGCCUUUCCAAGUCUUUCUAUUCCGCCUCUGUUUGGGAAUAGUUCCUCCAAACCCCCGCUUCGAUCCAGACCCCUUGUUCAAUGUGAUACACGUGAUCCUGGUUGGGUCAAGAUUAAUUUCAACGGGGCUUCUUUGGGCAACCCAAGCCCUAGUGGCAUUGGGUGUGUGAUUCGUGAUGAAUUCAGUAAUUCCCUAAUGGAAGUUUCAAAACACAUUGGUCAUUCUACAAAUAAUUUAGCAGAGUUUCGUGUUGCAUUACAUGGCAUACAGGUUGGGGUUUGUAGUGGGGCCUGGAAAACCCAUUUGGAAGGCGACUCCCUAAAUGUGGUAAAUGCGAUUAGGAAAAAUGAAACUCCAUGUUGGAUCCUCAACCAAUGGCUCCGACCAAUCAAAUCUUUGUUGAAUGAUCUGGAGGACUUUCAUAUAAGUCAUAUCUAUCGGGAAGGGAAUGUGAUAGCAGAUGGUCUAGCUAAAGAGGCGAUGUAG